ACGGAAGAGAGAGAUACACACACGUCUAUCCGUCUCGGAACAUAAAAAAGGAUAACGACAACAGCAGCAGUAGCAGCAGUAGCAGCAGCAGCUACCACAACGUUAUCAACAAAUAACAAUCAAACUACCAUCAUCAACUUAAAAUCAACAUCAACGUCAACCAAAAAACAGACACAAUGCUGCCUUCAUCCUGGUCCUUCACCUACCGCACAGUCGCCUUCAGCAUCUGGCUCACGCGCCCCACGCCGAGCCAGAUCCUCGGCCUGACGGACGCGGAGAGCGCGUGGCUGCGAGCGAACCCGCUUCCCCGGGGUGCGAACGCGCUGCGCCCGCUCCCGCACGCGGCGCGCGCGGACAUGGCGUGCUCGCUAUGCCGGGCGGCGGUGGACCAGAUGAACGCGACGGACGCGGAGGCCGGGGCCUACAUGGGGUCGAGCACGGCGGGGCGGACGACGACCACGACGUUCCUGUGCGGCUUCCACUUCUGCUGGCUGGCGCGCGCGCGCACCGACGCCCACUUCCGCCUGCUGAGCCGCAUGGCCCUGGUCGACCCGCGCACCGGCGGCAUCCGCUCGCCGGACCCCGCGGCCAUCGACCUGUGCCUGCGCCGGGCGCGGCUGCUCACGAGCAGCGAGCCCGAGGACGGUGGCACUGCUACGACGGCGACGGCAAGGGCGCGGGCGAAUGCGGGCUGGUUUGGAAACAUAGGGGAUGGACGGCCGCGAAGGGGGCAGACGGAGAGGGGAGAUGGGGAUGGAAAUGGAAAUGGAAAUGAAUAUCAGGGAGAUGUGGAGGAGGAUGCGUGCGACACCGAGGUGGGAAAUAACGAGCAUUGAAUUGCAUACCUAGGUACCUAAUCUAAGGUACUGCAUGAUACAUACGAGUAGGCGUUUGGGGUUCUGUCUCUGCGCCGCCACGAUGUUGCUAAGUUAAAGGGGGGGAUAUGGGAUGGAGAUAUGGGGUUGGGUUGGGAAUAACUUUUGUCUUGGCUAUUUCUCGGGGAUACGUCAGUGUACAAUGGUUGGUUUAUUUGUGGUUUUUUCUUUUCUGUUUCUUUUUUUGG